AUGGUCAACCCAAAUUCCUGUACACACGACGCCGGCUACACAAUCAACACCAAUUCCCUACCAUGGCUUCCUCUCGCCCCCAAAGUCACCAUCAAAAUAAUCAAACUCGUCCCCUCAACCGGCGAGUACAGCAUAAUGGUUCACGCCGAGCCCGGCGGAAUUCUCCCCCGCCAUCGCCAUCUUGAAAACGCCGAAAUCUACAUCCUCAAGGGUAGCGGUGCACAUCCACAGACCGGGGAGUUCGUGCAAGGGGAUUAUGUGUCUGAGGCGAAGGGGGCGACGCAUGAUGCUGUAGUGUUCGGGGAUGAGGUGGAGUUAUUGAUGGUUAGUAGAGGGGCUUCGGUCUUUUUAGGAGAGGACGGAGAGGAGUUGUACACUAUGGAUGUGAACUGGUUACGGAAUUUCAGGGAGGGUUUUAGGUGA